GUGGCAAUUACACGUUGAUUUUUCUCAACUAAUCAUAAAGAUAUUGGUACCCUUUACCUAGUAUUUGGUGCCUGAGCAGGGAUAGUAGGCACUGCCUUAAGUCUCUUAAUCCGAGCCGAACUGAGCCAACCCGGGGCACUUCUCGGAGAUGAUCAGAUCUAUAACGUCAUCGUUACGGCGCACGCCUUCGUAAUAAUCUUCUUCAUAGUAAUGCCAAUUCUAAUUGGCGGCUUUGGGAAUUGACUAGUCCCCCUUAUGAUCGGGGCACCAGACAUGGCAUUCCCACGAAUGAACAACAUGAGCUUCUGGCUACUUCCACCCUCAUUCCUCCUCCUCCUUGCCUCCUCCGGGGUUGAAGCCGGGGCAGGGACCGGGUGAACAGUCUACCCGCCUUUGGCAGGCAAUCUUGCCCACGCCGGGGCAUCCGUCGACCUGACUAUCUUCUCUCUUCAUCUAGCAGGUAUUUCAUCGAUUCUUGGGGCCAUUAAUUUUAUUACCACAAUCAUUAAUAUGAAACCCCCUGCAAUCUCACAAUAUCAAACACCCCUAUUUGUGUGAUCCGUGCUUGUAACGGCCGUUCUCCUUCUUCUCUCACUCCCUGUGCUAGCUGCUGGGAUUACAAUGCUCCUAACAGACCGAAAUCUAAAUACAACCUUCUUUGACCCGGCAGGGGGAGGGGACCCAAUUUUAUACCAACACCUAUUCUGAUUCUUCGGCCACCCGGAAGUUUAUAUUUUAAUCCUGCCAGGAUUUGGAAUGAUCUCCCACAUUGUAGCCUAUUAUUCCGGCAAAAAGGAACCUUUCGGAUACAUGGGGAUGGUGUGAGCCAUGAUGGCCAUCGGACUUCUAGGGUUUAUUGUAUGAGCCCACCACAUGUUUACCGUGGGGAUAGAUGUCGACACACGAGCCUACUUUACAUCCGCAACAAUGAUUAUUGCCAUUCCCACCGGAGUAAAAGUCUUUAGCUGACUUGCAACUCUGCACGGAGGCUCAAUCAAAUGGGAUACUCCCCUGCUGUGAGCUCUGGGCUUCAUUUUCCUCUUCACGGUCGGGGGGCUCACAGGGAUUGUACUAGCCAACUCCUCCCUAGACAUUGUUCUACACGACACAUACUACGUAGUAGCACACUUCCACUAUGUUCUGUCAAUGGGUGCUGUAUUUGCCAUCAUGGCCGCAUUCAUGCACUGAUUCCCACUAUUUUCAGGAUACACCCUUCACAGCACUUGAACAAAGAUCCAUUUUGGGGUUAUGUUCGUAGGGGUAAAUCUAACCUUCUUCCCACAACACUUCCUAGGGCUAGCCGGAAUGCCACGACGGUACUCGGACUACCCAGAUGCCUAUACCCUUUGAAACACGGUGUCUUCAAUUGGAUCACUAAUCUCUUUAGUAGCAGUAAUUAUGUUCUUAUUUAUUCUCUGAGAAGCAUUUGCCGCCAAACGGGAAGUAUCAUCAGUAGAGCUUACCAUAACAAACGUAGAAUGACUACACGGCUGCCCACCUCCUUACCACACCUUCGAGGAGCCGGCUUUCGUGCAAGUACAAGCAAAAUAA